AGCACUGUAAGAUUUCAAGAUGAUUACUAUCAUACUAAUCAUGCUUCAAGUAGCUGUAUCAUGCUUAGGAAAUGAAGCACAUAUUACAGUUUUAAACAUACAGCCUAACAGCAACUAUCAGAACAAAUAUCAGUGCUAUACUCCUUCUAUUUUUACUAAUUAUAGUCUGAGUUACGGUAGAUCUUUCAAAAUCCAAAAUACAGAUAAUUUAAAUGAAUAUGACUGGACUGUAAAGGCAAAUAAACAUAAAUAUGGAACAACAAAGGCGUGGAACAUGGGAGUUUACUACUGCAAGAUAGUAAUGGGUGGAGUCACUAAAACAGUCCAAACUACGAAGAUAAAGAGCGAUGCCACAAUAACUCCAUCACAGACCUCGAGCAGUAUAACGGUAAAUGUCGGAGAUGAAGUCACUAUCUCCUUUGAUACCAUUAAAGAUGGCAAAGAUCUUAUAUGGAGGAAGGACACUGUUGUAAUAAAUUCUGUUACGGAGAAGACCUUAACGUUUUCUUCAGUGAACAUCAGUGACGCUGGAAUGUACGAGGUGUAUGAACGUCUUAAUCGAGAAAAUCGUAACCACGCGUUUACAAAGUUGAUUGUACGGGCGUGUCCACGUCACAAAUGGGGCCCUCCUGAUUGUACAGGUGACUGUGACUACUGCUAUAAUGGUGGCGUAUGUGAUGACAAAACAGGACUUUGUAUUUGUGCCCCUGGAUUUAUGGGGUUCUCCUGCCAAACUGAAUGUGGCGGUAAUAUAUUCGGAUGGAAUUGUGAAAAUUUGUGUACAUCAAAUUCUGCUAGAGUUGGUGCAUGCAAAAACAAGCAGUUCUGUUUGCCUCAUCCAUACGGAUGUAGUUGUGUGACAGGCUUCAAAGGGCUUAACUGUAAUGCAGCAUGUCCAUCGGGUAAAUUUGGAGCAGAUUGUGCUCAGUCUUGUCAUUGCAAACAAGGUAAAUGUAGUCAAUACACAGGAAUAUGUACUGACGCCGAGGACUCGACUUGUGCACCUCCAUGGACAGGAUCUAACUGCCAAAAAUGCGAACCUGGAUUUUUUGGUGAAAACUGUGAAUUUGAAUGCACUAAGCCAUGUAUAUGCCACAGGUUGACGGGACAAUGCUUAAAAGAUUGGUGUGAUUCUAAUUGGCUUGAACCUAAUUGCAAAAUCGGGAUCAUUAAUACCACAUUUUCACCUGCAAAUGACGGUCACGUGACAGAUGUUUACUGUACAGUGUAUCAUGACGGUGCACAUAUGCUUAACACCAUUGUUAUGGUAACAACACAUGACGUUAACGAAAACGUAACAAUGGUGUUACAGCAAACACAAAAUGAAAAUAUUACAUCAUAUCACUGUUUAGUGGUGUCUGAUAUCGAUGCGACAUACACCUGUAUAACUUUGCAUGCAGGUGAAACCGCCGCACAGAGGAUAAUUGUUCCUAAAAUAUUUCGUUUGCCUACAUACCAAGGGAAUCUGCAUAUUGAUGUUCCUACAAGUUCUACUAUAAGUUUUAACUGGACUGCAUGGGACAACACUACAAGUGAUGAAGAUGGGCCUGUUAUUGGAUACAUUCUUCACUACAGACUUAGUAGUAGCAAUACAGAUGAUUGGAAAAAAAGUCUAUUUUACGACACAUUGUCAGGGAUUGCUUCUGGGUUGGUGUGGGAUACAAAUUACACUUUUGCUUUGUCAGCCGUGAGACCCGGCGAAGGCGGUGAAGGCCCAAUUGGAAUGCAGAGAAUCAGCGUCAAAACUCUCUGCGGAAGCGCGAGCACCAAGGAUAUGCCAGUCAGCGAACUUAAUCACUAUCCUACGUGGUACAAAACAAGAGAUAUUGAAGUGGAUGCAGAGACACUCAAAUGUCUUAAUUUAACAUAUAUUUACACUGUGUACUUCAAUUUGAAUACAAAUGAGGGAGUUGGUGAUGUGGUUUACCGUGGAAUUGAUACACAAACAACGAUACACAACACUGCUACUGAUGAAGUUUACGUUAUUUCGAUAACUGUUUCUAAUAAAGACAGCGAAAGUGAAAUUGUUGAAAGUAGUCUUCUAGAUAAUGCGGAAACCUCAUCACCUACAAAUUCAAGCUCCAAGUCUGGUACUGAUUUUAGUAGAUAUACUGCUAUUGUUGGUGGUAUUGCAGCUGCUGUUUGUUUUGUUUUAAUGAUUGUAGUUUUUAUAAUAUUUUGGAAGAUGAUGUACGGUAAAGGUAAGGUGCAACCUGGGCAAGAUGAAAUACAACUCGAAUCUAAUGAGAAAAUAGAUCAAAAGAUGCUCACGUGCGAAAACGUUCCAAUGAAAGCAACAGAAACCACAUUUUCCCGAAGAAUUUCAAUCUCUGAUUUGGUUUUAUACGUCACAAAGAACCUAUCCACAGAAGGAAUACACAAUGAAUUUGAUCCCUUACCAGUUGGUCAGACGCGACCAUGGAAAGUGACGGCCCAAGAAUAUCAUAGAUCCAAGAAUAGCAUCUCAUAUAAUCACUCAUGCGUCGUGUUGGACAAAGUGGAGAGCAACUCUAAAUAUGAUUACUACAACGCAAGUUAUAUCAAGGGAUAUAGCGGGCAAAGACAAUACAUAGCUUGUCAAGGUCCGAACAAAGACUCCCUUUAUGAUUUUUGGCGAAUGAUAUGUCAACUGAAAAUCGAAAUUGUCGUCAUGCUUACUAACAUAUAUGAAGGAAAAAAGUGCCAGUGUUGUACGGACAGGAACCUACAUCGUCAUUGA